UCGGUCCCCCACCCCCACCCCCUCCCCGCGGCCGGCUGCCCGCUUGGUAUUAUGAUUAGUGCUGGGUGCGGGGAUUCGGCGGCCGGGAGGGAGUUGUCGGCGCCGCGGCCGCUGCGGACGGAAGCCCGCCUGCUUGCUGAGAGCCUUCUGAGAUUCUCCUUUGGCACCUCCAGCGUUUGGCCUCCGCUCAGGAAAAAGAAGCAACUAACAAAACACAGUGAUAACAAGGAUUACUCCACAUGCAGCUUGCAGGAUGUCCAUGACGAUAUUGAAAAUGAAUUCCUUAUUUUCACCAGAUAUAUGAGAAGAUCCAUUUUAAACAGUCUAAAUAUUUUUUCUCACGUCGGACCAGCAUGGCAGGAUUCAAGCGAGGGUGAAAAAGUGGCAGUAAAAGUUAUUGACAAGACAAAAUUGGACACACUAGCCACUGGUCAUCUUUUCCAAGAGGUGAGAUGCAUGAAGCUCGUGCAGCACCCCAACAUCGUGCGCCUUUACGAAGUGAUCGACACCCAGACCAAACUUUAUCUUAUCCUGGAACUCGGGGAUGGAGGAGACAUGUUCGAUUACAUAAUGAAGCAUGAGGAGGGACUCAAUGAAGACUUGGCCAAGAAGUACUUUGCUCAGAUAGUUCAUGCCAUAUCUUAUUGCCAUAAACUCCAUGUGGUUCACAGAGACUUAAAACCUGAGAAUGUGGUCUUCUUUGAAAAGCAAGGUCUUGUAAAGCUGACAGACUUUGGUUUCAGCAACAAAUUUCAACCAGGGAAGAAGCUCACUACGAGCUGUGGCUCUCUUGCAUAUUCUGCCCCAGAAAUUCUGCUUGGUGACGAGUACGAUGCACCUGCAGUAGAUAUAUGGAGUCUGGGAGUGAUCCUUUUCAUGUUGGUGUGUGGGCAGCCACCCUUCCAAGAGGCCAAUGACAGUGAAACAUUGACCAUGAUCAUGGAUUGCAAAUACACAGUACCAUCCCACGUGUCUAAAGAGUGUAAAGACCUGAUCACACGAAUGCUGCAGAGAGAUCCCAAGAGGAGGGCCUCUUUAGAAGAGAUUGAAAACCAUCCUUGGCUUCAAGGAGUGGACCCUUCCCCAGCCACGAAGUAUAACAUCCCGCUCGUGUCGUAUAAAAACCUGUCGGAAGAGGAGCACAACAGCAUCAUCCAGCGCAUGGUGCUUGGGGACAUUGCGGACCGCGACGCCAUCGUCGAGGCCCUGGAAACCAACAGGUACAACCACAUCACAGCCACUUACUUCUUGCUUGCUGAAAGGAUCCUGAGGGAAAAGCAAGAGAAAGAAAUACAAACCAGAUCUGCAAGCCCGAGCAACAUCAAGGCCCAGUUUAGGCAGUCCUGGCCAACCAAAAUUGACGUGCCCCAGGACCUUGAGGAUGACCUCACGGCCACUCCUUUGUCCCACGCGACUGUCCCUCAGUCUCCUGCUCGGGCCACUGACAGUGUCCUCAACGGGCACAGGAGCAAAGGCCUGUGUGACUCGGCCAAGAAGGAGGACCUCCCUGAGCUGGCGGGGCCCGCGCUGUCCUCAGGGCCACAGGCCGGCCUGAAGCCCGCGGCCAGUGGGCGGAAGUGCCUGUUCCGGGUGGAGGAGGACGAGGAGGAGGACGAGGAGGACAAGAAGCCCAUGUCCCUCUCGACCCAGGUGGUGCUGCGCCGCAAGCCGUCCGUGACCAACCGGCUUACAUCCCGCAAGAGCGCGCCAGUGCUCAACCAGAUCUUCGAGGAGGGGGAGUCGGACGACGAGUUCGACAUGGACGAGAACCUGCCACCCAAGCUGAGCCGCCUCAAGAUGAACAUCGCCUCCCCGGGCACGGUGCACAAGCGCUACCACCGCCGGAAAAGUCAGGGCCGCGGCUCCAGCUGCAGCAGCUCGGAGACCAGCGACGACGACUCGGAGAGCCGCCGGCGGCUGGACAAGGACAGCGGCUUCACGUACUCCUGGCACCGCCGGGACAGCAGCGAGGGGCCCCCGGGCAGCGAGGGUGACGGUGGCGGCCAGAGCAAGCCGAGCCGCGGCGGCGGGGGCGCGGACAAGGCCAGCCCCAGCGAGCACAGCGCCGGCGGCGGCGGCCCCGCGGGGGGCUCGGGCAGUGCCCCGGGCGGCACGUCGGGCAGCGUGCGCCGCUGCGCCGGGCCCGGCUCGUCCACAUCCACGCAGCUGGCCGCACGCAGCGCUGGGGAGCUGGUGGAGAGCCUCAAACUCAUGGGCCUCUGCCUCGGCUCGCAGCUGCAUGGCAGCGCCAAGUACAUUCUUGACCCGCAGAGCGGCCUGUCCUUCUCCAGCGUGAAGGUCCAGGAGAAGUCCGCCUGGAAAAUGUGCAUUGGCUCCGCCGGCGGCGCGGCGCCCGCCCAGGCCGGGGGCGGCAUGAAGUUCUUCUCCGACCACGUGGUGGACACCACCGCAGAGUUGGACCGGAUAAAGAGCAGGAACCUGAAAAACAACGUGCUCCAGCUACCUCUGUGCGAAAAGACCAUCUCUGUGAACAUCCAGCGGAACCCCAAGGAGGGGCUGCUGUGCGCCUCCAGCCAGGCCAGCUGCUGCCACGUCAUCUGAGCUCGGCGCGCCUCCUGCUCAGAGCGGCCAAGACCGGCUCACUCCACUGGUCCCCUUUCGGUUUUACUCUCUUAAAGCCGCAGUUAUUUAUUACUUUCUCGUUGUUCGCCUGACGACGUGACAAAUGCAUGGUCUUUGUGCAUGCUGCUAGACACUACUUUUCUUUUCCAGCUGAAAAGUCUCGUGUCAUUUUUACAUUUAUAAUUUUAAUGUGGAUGAUCAGGAUUAAAUUAAAAUGUAUAUUUGGAACCUAAUAUCCAUGGAGCACUUAGAAAUUUGAUGUUCUGCACUUAACUUAGAGAAAAUGCUUUUCCUUGUGAAAAAUCUAAAUUCCCGCCCCGACCUUCAGUGACAUGGGAACUCCGUGCUCUGAGGCAUACUCUGGUGUCUGAGACAGAACCAAAGCAAUAACCUUGUGAUGCCGAUAGGCCUGGAGCCCGCAGGCGUGGGGUGCCCAGCCUCCAGGGCCUGUGCGGAGCAGAGUGCAGCAAGCGUCUGCACUGACAACCGUAAAACCAUGAUUUCAGCAUAACCCACACCUGUUUGUCUUAAGCUAUAGUGUGAAAACAGUUUGGGCUCUUAAAAUUUAACUGAAAAAGAUGUUCUUGUUUUGUACUAGGUGAGAAAGUACAUAGAUUUAUAUAAAGGCAGCUUCCUCCGUAGUGGUCAGUCACAAGCAAUCUCAUUUUGCAAUGUGAUAAAGUGAGCUGAAGAUGUCUUGACUCGAUUCUAGAGCGUGUGUCUAACAGAACAAAAGGAUGCUUGGUAUAAAUUCCCUUGAGGAGGGCGUACCCCAGGCUUCCUGGACAACCAUGUAGGUAGAAGAAACGCUAGGGCCUAAAUAACAUGGAAGCAAAGGUGUUGGCAAAGUCAAAACCCCAUUAAAAAAAUUUUUUUUUGGCAUUUGAUUUUUAGGACUUUGAUAAUUAGGUUGUCUGUUGGUAACUUCCAUUCUUUUAUGUCCUUUAGCUCAACUACCUAUGGGAAUUGGCUGGUUAAAAAGAUUAAAAAGGUUGAAUACACAAACAGCCAACAAAAAUGCACAAAGCCUGCUUUGUUUUUUCUUUUUGUUUUUUGCUGGAAGUGUUUUUUACCUUACCUUCCUGCCAAAACAAUAAUCAAAGAACUCUUGCUUUAAAACUACUCCUGUACAAGACUACUCUUGACCAGAUAAUCAUCUUUCGUGGCUUUUAUCUUGUAGGACACAGUAUCAUUUUGGGAAGGGGCCAGAUGCUACUUUUUCUUGCUGUGCCCAGAGGGUCUUAAAAGCAGCGCUUAGUGACAUUGGUUAUAGGAUGUGGCCAGUCCCUCUGGCUUUCGCACGCUCCCCAGCAUCCCGUCCUGUCUGAGUGACAGUUGUCUGGUCUGUAGAGUGGGUGGAGCAGCGAAGGACAGCAUUCCACUGGUCACGGUUUCUCCAAGUGUACACCGACUCUGCUACUUUAGGAUUCAUGUAUUUUACUCAGAACUCUGAAUUUCACAGUAUGCUUACUAACCUAAGUAAAGAUGAUACUCAAAAUACCUAUUUUACUUUCUAGACCUAGACUAGAUAACGUUUUAAGCUACAGCUCUAGUUCAUUGUGAUGUUUAUAAUUGAAAGCUAUGAGAAUAGAUGUGUGGGUGAAGCCAUAGAACAUAUUUGCUUGAAAUUUAUUGAGCAGGGAUCUUAUAAAGGGCCAGAAAUAAGAUGUGUGGUUCACAUAGAUAGUGAGCGUAACAUCUGUAUUAAACGUCGGAGAGAAGUUUAUAAAGGGCAUUGGCAAUAAACUCUUUGUUGCAGCUGUUUUCCAAGUAAUGUAAAUACUUUUUCCUGUGAUUAUGUAUAGCCUUGGAAUGGCACCUUUUAACUAACCCGUAUGUGUUUGGUUUUCAAUCGUUUUUUAUAUUCAAAUGUAUAUAUGGUGCUCACUUUUAGGAUCAGCAGUGUUGACCAUUAUGCUGCAUAGCUGUAUCAUAGCCUUACUAGUCAUGUGUGGUUGGUUGGCCCUCUGGGUAGACAGAUGUUAGUCUGCGUGGCGUCUUACCCCUUGUUCAUCAGUGAAUGACUGUGCAUGUGUUGUAUGUCAUAGUAUGUUGUCACAUAAAGGGAGGGAGCAGAUAACCAUUAUGUUAAGGUAAUAUUGGACCAAACGACUUACUUGCUCUAAACAGUUUCUUGUACCCCUUAACCUGUCUUCAGAAGUUGCAGAGUUACAGUAGUGUGUAAAUUAAAUAUUGUGGAAAAACAAUUAGUCUUGUAUUUUUCUGUAUGUGUGUGUGUAUAUAUAUAUAUACAUUAUAUAUAUAUAUAUAAAAUUAUGUACUUCUGGCAAUUCUAUCUGUAUUUAAAGUUGUGACAAUCUUGACACCGAUUUUAAGAAUAGCCGUGAGACUGAAUCAAAUUAAAGAUGUCCCUUCCAAGUUAGAAUCGAUGUGUGUUAAGAGGGUACAGAAUUAUCAGCUGAUUUUGGCUGGUUGCUUCCACUGCUGGUUGAUUUUCCUCAUUGUAUAAACAUUGACAGGUAUGUGACAAAUGGGAAAAAACAAAGUCCAAAUAAUAAAGUGGCAUAUUGGUGUUCAGCAAUAUAAACUGUCCCAUGUUCUGUUUCUUCUCAUGAGCGCAGCUGUGUGUAGGCCUGGCCUGGGUUAGACCGACGCUCUACAUGCUGUGCGCGCGCCUCCUUCGCCAGAUGUGACUGGAAAAAUGCGAUCGCGACUGUUCUCACUUUAAACUCGUGACCGCAAGUCUCAGCCCUGCUCCCGGGCACCUGCCAGGAGCCAGACGCCGCCCUCUCUGGGCACAGGCCACACAGACAAGUUCCAGGGGCCUGGCAGGCCCAUGCUGAUCUGCUUCCUGCCAGCCCCUGUGGACACCACCGAGCGGCUCCCACGUCUGUCCUCUCUGCAGCCCAGGAACGGGCCCCGGUGGAGGAAACACGGGUGCCCUGGCUGGGACUGGAGCCCAUUGGAGUGGAAGCUACCAGUCCCUGGUGUUCUGAGCUGGGAGCAUGUUCUGAAAGUAUCCACCAGGGAGUACUUGUGCCGUGGAGGGGGCUGAGACCAGGGACAGAGCCAGGAGUGUGGAAACACCCGUCACUCUCAGCGGGGGCGCGGCUGAUGCCACCCAUAUCGGCCAACCGUCACCGUGAGGGUGGCGUGGGGAGCUGGUGGUCGGUCCAUAUGCGAGGCUCCGGAGCGAGGUCAGGCGGCUGGAGUGGGUGUGGAGCUCGGGCAGGAGCCUGGAAGCGGGUCGGCCCACCCUCAGGGCGCCUUCUCCUUCCUGCCUUCCCUGCAUUCCUCUUUCAGGUUCUCGGAGGUGAGCUUCAUCUGCUGUUGAGAGAACACGGGAACGCGCUGAGCCACGCGAGCCUGGGUGGAGGCACCUCAGGGGCGUCCCCUGACACACACACUGUGGGAGACGCCUGGCGCGGCUCAUUGAGGUCCGGGGACACGCACUUGGAACCAAGGAACCUGGGUCACUGAUGCGGCCCAAGGCUGCCUGCGAGUCCGGAGCCUGUUUCUGACCCAGAGGAGUGGGAAGUGGUAGGUUUGGGUGGAACGUGCUGUGUGCGCCCAGCUCGGUGGGGGUUUACAGACGCUGAAGUGAGAAGCAGCUGGCACCUCUUCCUCCCUGGACCUCCAGGAGAAGGCGGGGAACCACAGGGCUGGGGGCUGCAGCCUGAUGUGGGGCCAAGUCCUUGCUCUGCCCCUGCACACCGAGUGACCUCGGAAGUGUGACCGCUGAGCCUGGUGUCACACCCUCUCCGUGGGUGAGAGGUGCAUACCCUGCAGGCUGAUGCUGGGGUUACCGCCCCUGAAGUCCCUGGCCCAGAGCAGAGGCCCCAGAAGAGCGGACGUCUCACCAGCCCUCUGUCCCAACAGCCACUUCCAGGAGCAUCAGGGACAUCUUGUGAAGGCUCAGAGGAAGGGGCCUGCACCCAGGACCGCGGCAUGUGAGGAGGGAGCGCUCCAGCUCCAGUCCUGGGGCCCCACCCGGACACGGGGCCCGGACACUGCUGCCUUGGGUGCUGGGAAACAAUCAUACAGCCAGGAGUCCUCCUCCACAUGGGAAGAAAAAUCAUAAUGAGGUGCAAGGCCUGGGAAGAGACUCUGAACCCACCGGGCUGGAUGACUCCCACCUGCAGUGCCGGCCCCGCUGAGGGCAGCUCCUAAGGGCAGGGGUCUGCACUGGACUGUGUGGCUGGAAUCAAAGCUGGCUAUGCUGAGCAGAGAGCAGGACCAGACCUUAAGACCCUAAAGAAAAACCUAAGAGGGAACAAACUGCCACAGCCUGCCUGCCUGAGGUGAAGAGUUAAACCGCAUGUGAGG